ACUUCACGCUGCUGGACGUACUUAUUCACGUUUUAAGUUACUGCCCGCCCAUUAAAACACAUAAACGUGCAAGUGGACACCUUCAAAAUCAACAGACUUCAAUAGUUUACAUGCACUACCACAAAACAGCGCGAGUAAAAGGUCAUCGGGUCAGAGAUGACAUAAUGCAACCAGUGCGUUACCAGGCGGAGUAAACACAAUAGACGUGUUUCUCCAAGUGUUACGGAUAUUUCAGUUUAGCAACGGCGAGAAUAUCUUGGAAUUACCCUGGAUUUAAUUGUAGCACUCUUUCGAUGUGUUUACUUGUUCGCAUUGUUUACAUUCGACCAUAUUUUUACCGGUUGCAGGUGAACAAAAGUGUGAAGCUGGCCUCGAUAAGGAAACUCGACCGUUUUUGCGACUAAAGCAGAGCGAUCGUGAUGUUUGUGGGACGAAGCUGGAAGAGUUGUCUGUCAAUGUCUAUAAAAUAAAGAUUUCACAUCUGUACAUUGCAGUACUAGUACAGACAUGACAGCUGUUGUAGGUCGAGUUUGGGGGUGGGUAAGUCCAGCCAAUCUAUACUCCACCUGGGGCAGCAAGACCAAGCCAGAAAAACCCUUGACAACUGACAGUCAGACCAAAAGCAGGUGGGGUUUAUGGGGACUCACUUCCUGGAUUUGGAGGAGCGAGAAAGCCAAGAAUGACCAAAAGCCACUGACUGAGGAGUUCUGGGAGACAGAGGAGAAUGUGAUGCCUUUGGAAUUAGAAGAGCUGGGGGCGAUGAGGCCUGAGGUUGAGACCGAGAAAGUGGCUUCCCAAAGCCCCUCACGCUGGUGGAGGAGGAUGCUUCCAUCCAGCUACUUUUAUUGGCCCAGAUGGUCAACAUCCACUGGACUCCAGCAACGGAAAUGUGCCGGGUGGAAUGAAGGCACUUGGGACGCUGAUGAAAUCGACGGGGAGUCAGACUACGGGACGCCUCCACCAUCUCCCACGCCUCUUUCUCAUAAGCAAUCAGCAUUCCAGUUCUUUUCUCGCUCAUGGAUGGGAGAAAUUCUUCCAGAACACUACGAGAUUUGCUUUAAUUUCCUCCGCCACCUAUUUGACCUCUUUGUAGUGGGCUUUCUAAAAACAGUGUCUCAUCCCACCAAGAUCGUUUUGGAUGUGCUAGGAGUGCAGGGGGCCCUGAAACUGUGGCUCCAUGGUAUGACCCUGUUCUUGGUAUCGUCUGUCGGGAUGGCUGGACUGCUUUGGACAGUACAGGAGUUCCUGCUGCAGUUUGCAGUUAUCUAUGGGAUUGUGCAAGCUCUGGUCAUCUCCGUUAGUGUACGCCAGAGUGAAACUGUGGAACAGGGGGAUGAUGGGAAAGGUGGCGAUGAGAUCAAAGAGGGUGAGGAGGAGGAGAACACAUGGGAGCAGAAUGAGCCACAGCAGUCCACUGAUGAAAGCAAUAAAGGAGUUAAACUAAUGAGUUAAUUUAAAGAGAAAAUGUAUAUUUUGGGUUGCUGAUAUUUGCUCAUGGUUCAAGAUCUUUGAUUUAAGAUUUGGCCACUUCAACACUGACCAAAAUAGACAGCCACCAACACUCCAAAAGGCACUAAUGAGUGAUUGAAGUGAACACCAGCACCCCUUGAUGUCCACACGUGAAAGAUAUUUUAUUCCCUCACAUUAAAAAUACAAGUUUUGUUUUUCCAAACGCUGAUUUAUAACGUAGGUCACCAGCAGAAAGGAGAAAUGAAUGAGAAAAGAAUUACUAAAAUCCACCAACAGCAUGCCUCAUCCGUACUGUGGCUAAAGACAACUGCUGCAAGACACCCUGCACAGUACACAUGGAGAAAGACGUUAACUAUGAAUCAGAAGAACCAUGUACAGAACUGAAGAACCAGCACUGAUUGGUUAGGAAAUCUCAUCAAGUCUAUUAAAAAACUGUUUUUAUUUGAAUACUGAGUGAUUAGUCCAAAGGAUUUUCCAGUUAGCUAAACUGAUACAGACAUUAGUUGUUAUGAAACAUUUUAUAUGGUGAUUAACAGCUUUGCAACUCCACAUUAUGUGGACUCAACAUCUGCAUGUGUCACUUUAUUCGUAGUUUAUUCAACCCUUUUCUCUAACUGUGUCUUUGGAUGGUUCAUUUCCAUUCUAAAAUCACAUAUACUCUUACUUUUAAUGGAUUGAGUCCAUUAUAACUCCCAUCAGUAGGUGACUGGAUACAAAAAGAUUCUUAAGCCACUCCAUAAACCGUAAACUUGAGCACUACAUUACUGUGUAACAUGCUGAAUUUUAUUAUUAUUCAUUUAUAAGUGGUUGCACAGUUCGUUUGAUAUAGCUUCUUUGUGGUUUGGCGUAUUCCAUUAUAACCAUUCUGUUUGAUGUGCAGUAUAUUUAUGUUUGCGCCAUUACAGCAUUAACUGCAUCUUUGGUCAAUUUCAAAUGUAUUAUUGUUCUUCCUUGCUUCGUUUAUAUUUCAGAUGAUUAUCAUAUUGUUUUGAAUGCUUCUGUUGUGCCACACAAUACCUGUUACAUUAGCCAGUUCAGAGGGAAUCGUGGGUAAAGACAUUAGAAGGGAUUUUGCACAUCUGUGUACUGACAGAAUAUACUGUACAAUACUUUGUUGUACAUUUGUGUCUUACGCUUGCAAGAAUAGCUUUCUUUUCCUUAAUGUGUUCCACAUGCUUUAUCUAUGCAUGAUUAGCACAAUGAUACUCUUAAGCAAUGGAAAGCUUUUAACUUGUGACAUGCUUUUAUUUUCUUCUGAAUGCUGUUUUCUUGCACAUACGUUUGUGGUACUUGCACAUAAGUUUUUGGAUUUUUCAUGUCAGUUAUUUAUACAUUAAGAUGUAGUGCGAGAAAAGAUUGCUCACCACUACUUUGAGCAAUGCAGGAAUACUCAUAGGUUCUUUGAAAGUCGUGAGUCAGUUGAAGUGCUAGCCACUGCUGAAAUCAGACAGCUGUGAUUUUAAAUGUCUGCUGUAUCGUCUACAAUGCAUUGCAGCUCUAUGGCCUGUCUGAGAGGAGAGAGGUGGAUGUACAUUUAUUAACUUCUACAGUUCUUAAGUGUUGUACACUGAGCCUUUAAUAGUCCGUACAGCUGAACUAAUAAUAAAUGUCCUUUUUCCA